GCCCUGGGCCUCGGCCUGCGCCGCCUGCCAGGCCUCGCCGCGCCCGGGCAGCGAGCGGCCACGUUUUAAAAUUCGCUUGAAGUACUCAUGGCUGGGGCUUCGGGCAUGGCCGGCUGUUGCCCCAGGGGCUGGGAAAGUCCGGCUUCAAGCACCGCACUCAGCCCUCAUCAAAAGCCCCCGCCCCCCAAUAAGGUAUUACAGCGCAGGGAGAGGUCUGUUUGCAGGGGACAGGGGGCCCACACCAAGAGCCAGGAGGAGCUAGCUGCCCGUUGAGUCCAGUGGCGCGGCAGCCUUAAGCAGGCAGCUGCCCAUUUUGAGGCGAAGCCGCUCGCCCUUGAAGCACAGGAGAGAACAGAGGAAGGAAAAAGAGAGACGUCUUGGCCUACGGCCUGUUCUCCCCUGCGGAAAGACCUGCAACUUCUGCAGACAGGAAUCAGGAUUUUCUCACUGAUCUGAUGAGAACUGUGUGCAAAUGUCUCUGGAUGUGAAGAUCACUGGAUGCCAUCCCAUCCAUCGUAGUCCUCAGUCUGCGAGCAAGAACGUGGAAGUGGAAGCAUUUCUUUAUUUCAAGAGGCGCAGUGUUAGGAGGUGCUGACAGCCAGCCCAAAACCGGAUUAAGAUUCUCCGUGACUUGAGUUUUGCAUUCGCUGCAUCAAUGACCUGCCUCAAAAGUCAUCAUACGUUUUAAACACUUUUACUAUUAUUGACCCUGCGUUGUACGAGGGCUGGAAGGAUCUUACAGACACCAUGGCUGUCGUACCCCGGCAAGGCUGGGCAGCGCCCGGGGUGCGGCUGCCGCCAGCCGGGCGGCCCGGACACAAGAGCACGCGGCGCCCCGGCUCCGGGCCCAGCCUUGCGCCCUAGUGCGCGUGCGCCGCUGGCCGGAGCUGGCGCGGGGACCCCGAGCACCGGCCGGCACUGCCGCAUCCCCCGCGCCCGCGCCCUUGUCACACGGCAGUGGCGUCUCCCGUCAGUGAGCCGCGGCUCAGACUCAGGCGUCCGCUUGGUGCCUGUGACCGAGGCACCGAGUAAAGGCUCCUUGUUCCCGGCACAUCCCGGAGGGGAGGAAGGGGGUGCUGCACGGGCACGGGUCAGCCCCGGGCAGGACCCGCGUUGUGCACCCGCCUGAGGCGAGGGCGGGGCGGCCCGGCCCGGCCGCUCCCACGGCUGCCACUAGCGCUGUCCCGGGGGUGGGCGCAGGGUGGCAGGAGAAGCAGCGGCGCUGCCCCGUCCCCGCCCCCGCCCCGCGCAUUCCUGCUCCCUGAGGUCACGGGCUGCGGGCGAGCACUUGGCGGCUCCGCGUAUCCUUCCGCACGGCCGGGAAACGCCUCCAGGCCACGACACUCCCCGCCCGGCCCCGCGCACAGCGCCUCCGGCCCCCGCCAGCCUGCGCCAGGGUUACUUGGCCGGGCCGGUGCCGACUCCCCGCGCAGCGCCGUGACCCGCGGCGGGGCUGUUUUCAGUAGGGGCGGGCGGGCAGCGGCUGUCCCGGCGCAGUCGGGCCGUGCGACCCGGAUUGGGGAAGGCGCCUGCGUGUCACCGGAUCGCGGCGGCAGAGUUCUUGCGAAUGUUCCCUCCACUAAGACCUUGGUGGAGAACCUGCUCUCCUUUAAUGGCUGCUGCUGCCGCUGGUUGAUCAGUGGGAGACUUUACAGUUCCUUACUCCUUGGGAGGAUACGUCUACUUCCCUUAUUUAUUUUUCUGUGUGGUGGUAUUUUUUCCACUGACCGCGUGGGUGGGAAAAGAAGAUGCCACUGCCUUUUGGGCUGAAAUUGAAACGAACUCGACGUUAUACAGUAUCCAGCAAGAGCUGCUUGGUGGCUCGCAUCCAGUUGCUCAACAAUGAAUUUGUGGAGUUCACCCUCUCUGUGGAGAGCACGGGCCAAGAAAGCCUGGAGGCUGUAGCUCAGAGGCUUGAACUUCGGGAGAUUACUUAUUUCAGUCUGUGGUAUUACAAUAAGCAGAACCAGCGCCGGUGGGUGGAUUUGGACAAGCCUCUGAAAAAGCAGCUCGACAAAUAUGCUUUGGAGCCAACUGUGUAUUUUGGAGUGGUAUUUUAUGUGCCUACUGUUUCUCAGCUUCAGCAGGAAAUUACCAGAUAUCAGUAUUAUUUGCAGCUGAAGAAAGAUAUCUUGGAGGGAAACAUUCCUUGCACAUUAGAGCAAGCAAUUCAUCUGGCUGGUUUAGCUGUUCAGGCUGACUUUGGAGACUAUGAUCAAUAUGAAUCUCAGGAGUUUCUACAAAGAUUUGCCUUGUUUCCUGUGGGUUGGCUACAAGAGGAAAACAUACUGGAAGAAGCAACACAGAAAGUGGCCUUGUUGCAUCAAAAGUACAGAAGCCUUACACCUCCUGAUGCAGAAAUGUUGUAUAUGCAAGAGGUGGAGAGAAUGGAGGGCUAUGGUGAAGAGAGCUACCCUGCAAAGGACAGCCAGGGAAGCGACAUAUUCGUUGGAGCUUGUCUUGAUGGUGUCUUUGUGAAACACAAAAAUGGUCGGCCUCCUGUUGUAUUCAGGUGGCAUGACAUUGCCAACAUGUCCCACAACAAGUCCUUUUUUGCACUAGAGCUGGCAAAUAAAGAAGAGACCAUCCAAUUCCAAACUGAAGACAUGGAAACAGCAAAAUAUGUGUGGAGGAUGUGUGUGGCCAGACACAAGUUUUACAGACUAAAUAAAUGUAGCAUAGAUUCCCCAGACUCUCCACCCAUGGAAGGCUCUCAGAAAUCUUUCCACAUUCUUUCUUUUCCACGCUUUCCAAUCCUUUCCCGUUCUACUCUUCUCAAAGGACAAACCCAGACUGUUACAGUGAAUCCAGUUAGAAGACGAUCUUCUUCCAGGAUGUCUUUGCCUAAGCCACAGCCUUACAUGAUGUCAGCACCCCCUCAGUUGCAUUACAAUGGGCACUACACGGAACCAUAUACAUCAUCCCAAGAUAACCUCUUUGUGAACAAUCAGAAUGGAUACUACUACCACUCUCAGACUAGCUUGGAUAGAGCUCCACAUGACUACAAUGGUAGAAUCCGCAAUGGUAGUGUCUACAGUGCACACAGCACAAACUCUUUGAAUAACCCACAGCACUACUUGCAGCCAUCUCCCAUGUCCUCUAACCCAAGCAUUACUGGAAGUGAUGUCCUGAGACCUGAUUAUGUCCCAUCACAUCGACAUAGUGCACUAAUACCACCUUCUUAUCGGCCUACCCCAGAUUAUGAAACUGUGAUGAGACAGCUUAACAGGGGAAUGAUACACACAGAUAAGCAGAGUCAUUCAAUGAGAAAUCUUAACAUCAGCAAUUCAUAUGCUUACAGUAGACCUGAUGCUCUGGUUUACAGCCAACCUGAAAUCCGAGAACACGCUCAGUUCACUUCCCCUCAAUCUAAUCACUAUCCAUUUAAUCUGAAUUACAGUUUUCAUAGCCAGUCUCCAUACCCAUAUCCUGCAGAAAAGCGUCCAGUUGUUGGAGCAGUCAGUGUGCCAGAGUUGACAAAUGUGCAGCUUCAGGCUCAGGAUUAUCCAGCACCAAAUAUCAUGAAGACUCAGGUCUAUCGACCACCUCCUCCUUACCCCUACCCAAGACCUGCAAACAGUACUCCAGACCUUUCCCGACACCUUUAUAUAAGCAGCAGCAAUCCAGAUCUCAUCACAAGACGAGUCCACCAUUCUGUCCAGACGUUUCAGGAAGACAGUCUGCCUGUUGCACAUUCUCUUCAGGAAGUGAGUGAACCCUUAACAUCAGCACGCCAUGCUCAGUUACAGAAAAGAAAUAGUAUUGAAAUAGCGGGGCUCAUCCACAGCUUUGAAGGAGUCAGAAUUAAGGAGAGAACUAUGUCAGCAUCAGCAGCAGAUGUGGCCCUUCCAAGAGGGUCACAGCCCAGUGUUCUAAUGGAAAGGACAAAGCAAGAAGAAAAUGAGGAGCAAGAAGAAGGCAUGAACUGUGGUCAUAAAAAGUCUCUUUCAGAUGCAACUAUGCUGAUUCACAGCAGUGAGGAGGAGGAGGAAUUUGAAGAAGACAAAGCUCAUGCAAGUUUGUCUCCUCUCCCUGAAGGCCAAGCCCAGCUUUCUGGUAUCAUGGGUGGUCAUCGUUCUGAGUCUUUUUUAAGUUAUCCUUACAGUUCUGUUGCUUCACCUGCUGGCCCUUUGCAUAUCCUUGAACCUAAGUUACAUAUUACAGAGCCAGAAAAGAGGAUGAAAGAUAUGAGCCCAGUUCAUUUACUAGCUGAGUCACAGGUGCAGAGAAGAAGUGAAGGUUUGCUGACUCCAUCUAUGUCAGAAUCUGACCUUACAACUUCAGGAAGGUACAGAGUUAGAAAGGACUCUGUGAAGAAGAGACCUGUGUCUGAUCUUCUGUCUGGGAAGAAGAAUAUUGUGGAAGGUCUUCCACCUUUAAGUGGAAUGAAAAAAAACAAAACCGAAGCAAAAAAAAUAGGGCCUCUAAAGUUAGCUGCCCUAAAUGGACUAACCUUGUCUCGAAUGCCUCUGCCAUAUGAGGGUAAGGAAGAGUCUACUAGAGCAACAAAUGAUGAACGGUGUAAAAUUCUUGAACAACGGUUAGAGCAGGGGAUGGUGUUUACAGAAUAUGAGCGGAUUCAAAAGAAAAGGCUCAUUGAUGGUGAGUGUUCAAUAGCCCGGCUCCCUGAAAAUGCUGAGAGAAACAGGUUCCAGGAUGUCCUUCCCUAUGAUGAUACCAGAGUGGAGCUGGUCCCAACCAAAGAAAAUAACACAGGUUACAUCAACGCAUCUCACAUUAAGGUUUCCAUUGCGGGCAUUGAGUGGGAUUAUAUUGCUACACAAGGCCCUUUGCAGAAUACAUGUCAGGAUUUCUGGCAGAUGGUGUGGGAACAAGGGGUUGCUAUUAUUGCAAUGGUGACAGCAGAAGAGGAGGCCGGGAGAGAAAAGUGUUUUAGGUACUGGCCACGACUUGGGUCAAGACACAACACUGUCACAUAUGGGAGAUUUAAGAUUACCACGCGAUUCCGUACAGACUCAGGCUGCUACGCAACUACAGGCUUGAAGAUCAAACACCUUCUCACAGGGCAGGAGAGAACAGUUUGGCACCUGCAGUACACCGACUGGCCAGAGCAUGGCUGUCCAGAGGAUAUAAAGGGAUUUCUUUCAUACUUGGAAGAGAUACAGUCAGUGCGGCGUCAUACAAACAGCACAGUGGAUCCUAAAAGCCCUAACCCUCCUGUACUGGUGCAUUGCAGCGCAGGCGUAGGAAGAACUGGAGUUGUCGUAUUGUCAGAGAUCAUGAUUGCCUGUUUGGAACACAAUGAGAUGCUGGAUGUCCCAAGAGUGCUAGACAUGUUGCGGCAGCAAAGGAUGAUGGUGGUGCAGACUCUCGCUCAGUAUACUUUUAUCUAUGGAGUUCUCAUUCAGUUCCUCAAAAGUUCUAGGCUUAUAUAACCCCCACCAUUUUCUGUGGGGCACAUUCAUCUUGAGAGUUUACAAAGGGGAAAUGCAAUUGUCCAGGCAGUUUUGUCUAUCUGGUGUUUUCCUCAAUGGACGACUCAUACGGAGUUAGUUUUUUGUCAUGGUAUGGGGAUGUUAAGUGCAAGUGCAACGUAUCGGUCUUUGCAAAGCAAGAUAUAGACUGGACUAACAUCUUCCUGUUUUAACUGCAGCUAAAACAGUGAUGGAUCUAACAUAAAACAGUUGUGCUUUCGUCUGCUGAUGUGCAGUACUUGCACAAGUUGUGAGUUAUGUUACUGUAGGCAUAUUGACAGUCUGUUUUACUGAAAGUACACUGGGUCAUUUUGGAAAUCAUUCAUUGUUUUUUAGUCCAAAUUGCUUUUUUUCUAACCUCAACUCUGAAAGUGAAAAAUAUAAAAUCUGUAGAUUUACACUGUAAGGUACAAGCUCAUCCUCCUGGAAUGCCAAGGUCUUAAAUGGUCUCGAUCUACUUUCAGUUUUGUAUGGAAAACAAUGCUAAUAUAUUUUUUAAAAUAAACUUUUGGUUUCUUUUGGUUCUCUUAGCAGAACCAGCAGCUGCUAGAAAUCUAAAGUUGGCAGUUAGGAAAAUUAUUUUUGUAUUCAGCAAAUUUAAUUUUUUAUUUUCAAAAAGCUACUUGUGUAUAAACAGAACAAUUUGUUCAGAGUCGAGGACAAAUGAAGAUACGUUCAAAUUUAUCUUUUCAGAAUUUGUACAAAGAGAGAAGUCCAACAGGGAAAUGUUGGCAUCUGUGGAGUUCUGUAGGUGAUAAAAUUGGAAAAGGUUUUGUUAUCUGCAGAAUGCUAGGUAAUAUAAUAGGCAGAUGGGAGACAUUGUUACCUACAGAUUUCUAGGUAACUUAACAGGUAAGAAAGAGAUGUUUACUUAGAGUUUGUAGUUAAGUAUGGGGAAGAUGAUUGGCUGCAGGGAUUUAGAUAAAAAUGAGCAAGAGAAUGCUAUUGCUCUUGUUAAUGGACAAGAGAAAAUAUAUAUUCAGUAUUAUUCAUAUAUUUAGAGGACAGUUUGAUUUUACUGGUUGAAAUCGAAGUGGAUGCAAAUUAUGUUUUAUGCACUUUUUGUUGCAUUAUUUAUAUACACGUGAACUGUAACCAUAUCUUCUUUAAUAAUGUACCAUUACUAACCUAACUGAAUGUUGUUUUAGAGCCUUUAAGAGGAUGAAGUGAGUGAACAGAAAUUAAGGUAGGAACUUGCAUAGUGGCGAAUUGGAAAUGAGUAUGUGCAAUGUGAUGAUACAAGUGUGAUAGCUGUGAUUGUUGGUUACACAGUUAGUGCAAGUUUUAGUUUUUACACUCACAAUCAAGAGAAGCUUAAAAACAUCGUCAGUUACAAUAGAAUUCUUUUGUCAGUCAGCAGAAAGGUAUUGCUAACAUUGUAUUGCAUGGUUGUGGUGAGGGUGUUCUUGGCUGUUUGAAAAUGUCAGAGACAUGGAGAAACUACACUUGAUGACACUGGAGAUGUGGAUAUUUUGAUGAAUUCUUAGGUGAUGUGGAGGCAGCAGAGUCAAGGGCACAGACCCAAAACCUGAUUUCCAGUUCUAUUUCCUGUUCUGUCCAUUGCUCACAGUGGGCAUGUACAUAUGCAAUUAGUGCACGUGAAUAAAUGCUGGAGCUUAUUGCUCCAGAGUUUUUUGCGCUCAGGUGUGCUGGUUUAAAUGUGUGUCCAGGAGCAAUUAACUCUGAAGCAAUCAGCUCCAAGGCUUAUUCAUGCGUGCACAUGAAGCCCAGUCAGAGAAGCCCUGGGUUGCUGGGCGAUCCGGGGGUCAGCCUGCCAGCCUGGGGCUGCUCCCCCGGGCUCAGUGUGCUGUGGAGAGGCUGGCUGGAGCACAAGAUUGCAGAGCUAGCUGUCAGGCAGCCCCUACACUGAAGCACCCUCGCACCCCAGCCAGCCAGGGCAGCAUCUACAUAUGCACUGCUGCACGUGAAAAAACUCUGAAAAAAUCUUGUAUUUACAAAUAUUACCCUGCUGAGGAGUUCAAUAGGGGGCCCACAUGUAGAUGCUGAGAUAUUUACUGUAGAGCAGGGGUUGUCAACUGGGGGUAUGUGUACCCCUGGGGGACUUGAGAAAGUCCUAGGGGGUAUGCGUAGGUGGAUGGGGAUGGAGAGCUGCCACACACCAUCCGCACUGCUGUGCAGGUGCCACCCACCCGGCCGGACGCGGGGGCAGGAGAAGCUUGCAUGCAGUGCAGCCACCACUCUGCAUUUGGCCACCCCCCUUGCUCCAUGUCCAGCAUUGCCCUGUGUGUGCCAGGGCCAGGCCAGGGGCUGCUGUGCCCCACAUGUCCGGGCAGGCAGCGGGUGCGCACAGCGCUGUGUGCAGGCAGCCAGGGGCCGUGAGUGCCAGCUGCUCACAGUGGGAUGGGAGACGGGGGAGGCGCUGGGUGGGGGGAGGGGCCCAGCCCCUUGUUCCAGGAGCUCGGCUUGCUCAUUUCUCCUAGGGGUGGUUACAGUGGUUGCUGCUGCAGUCACUGCGGUUGCCCCACGCUUGCCAUGCCUCCCCUCCCCUCCCCUCCUGGUACACGUCCAGCUACUUGCCACCCCUUCCCUCCUCUGGGUGCACUUAUUUAAAAGGGAGCUGCUGGGGGUACACUUAUUAUAAGAGAUUAAAAACCCUGCUUUAGAGUUAAUUAGUCAUCUCUGCAGUAAACCUCUUGUGUAAACACACCCAUUGUGUCUUUGGUUGGAUCACAGCACCCCUCUGUGCCUCACUUCUUCUAUUUGGAGAAAACAGAUAAUGAUGCUUAUACACCUUUGUGAGGUGCUUUGGGUGGAGGGGGGAUGAACAACCCUGUUCAAGAGCUAGCCAUUUUGCAGUGUUUGCUCUUGUCUGGUAAACUCAAGCCCAAACCUUUUCAAAACCAGUUAAUAGACAACUAGAACAACGAAUUGCACCCCUCCCCAUCAUACCUACUCAGCAGAAUAGAUUAGGAUUGAUAUUUAUUAUUCAUUUCUGUCACUAUUGAGAUCGUGAUACCUCCUUGUUUUUGGCUGUGAGGAAGAUUUAAGAUUAAAAGUAGUUUGAACAAUUAAAUACCUCCUUCGGAACAAGAAAAAAAAUGGCAUCUGCUAAUCUUAAAAAGAGAAUGCAAGGAUUGCUUCAUUUUCCUCUAUAAUAACCUGAUCUCAAAAAAGAUAAGCACAGAGUCCAAAUGACACCAUGUUAACAUAACACUUCCAUAACAAAUACAUUACAAUGGGGUAGGUUGCAAUAUCCUUUUACAGUUCUCAGCACCCUUUUGAACCUUCUCAUUCAUACUGACCUUCAUAAAAAUUCAUAGAUUCAUAGACACUAGGGCUGGAAGGGACCUUGGAAGAUCACUGAGUCCAGCCCCCUGCCCCAGGGGCAGGAAGUCAGCAGGGAUCAUAGCAAGAUAAACAUCCAAAUAUCUCUUGAAGGGAUUCAAAGUAGGUGCCUGAACCAACUCUGGUGGCAGUCUAUUCCAAACCUUGGGGGCUCGGACAAUAAAGAAGUUCUUCCCUCAGCAAAAUGAGAUUGAGCAUGUCGAUUUAAGAAGAACAAAACAAAAACACUCUUCCUGUAACUGCAGACUUCAUAGAUUUCAUAGACAUUCAGGCUGGAAGGGACCCCGGAGGAUCAUCGAGUCCAGCCCCCUGCCCCCGGAGCAGGAAAUCUUGCUGGGAUCCUAUGAUCCCUACUAACAAGUAUCCACAUGUCUUGAAGGCGUUCAGAGUGGGUGCUUGAACUGCCUCCGGCGGCAGUCUAUUCCAAACCUUAGGGGCUCGGGCAGUAAAGAAGUUCAGACCUAAGAAAACAGGCUCAUUAAGCCUUACCAACAUCAAGCCUGGAAGGAAUAAUGCCUUACCCCAGACAAUAACCAGCCUAAAUACAUGCAAACCUACAGACACACCCAUUUGUCUUAUGUCUGCGCUACUGCAUGUCAGAUUCAGAAUUGUAGGGUCUCUGGAUUGUACCUUCUAUCUUGAAGGCAUUGCCAGAUUGAUAUCAUAAUUCAUAAAUGAAACCUCCAAGAUCUUUUACAUUUUCAGAUAAGAAAUCACACAGUAGAACCUGACUUCUAUUAUUUUCCUUCUGAAUUUUGGACCAUAGUCCUCAUCCAUUAUUUAUACCUGGUUUGUUUUAAAUUAUAAAGGACAUAAUUUUAAACAGUCAAAUAGAUAAGCCUGAGAGUCGUUAGCAGCAGCAGUUACCCCUAUGGAGUAUCUGCUCUGAGGUAGUAAAACAAGCAUGAGGAUUUGUACUUAAAUUUGUGGUAUACUGUGGCAAUAGUGUAUCUAAUAUUGGGUGAGAUGGGGUACUAACGAUGUAGAGUACAAUGUAGAGAGUGCACAGGAGAGAGCAGACAGUGAUGCUUACCCACCUGUGUAAAGUGCUUUGAGAGUGAGAUAUGAAAAUCCCUGUUCAAGAGCUAGCCGAUAUGUAUUGUUUGUAUUUGCCUGGUGGUAAAUUUUGAAACCAAGUAGCGGCCCCCUGUUAUCCUGGUUUUGUAAUGGCUCUCUUGGGGAGUCUGCGCUGCGUCAGCAGCCGCAAGCCACUGCUGCAGGAGCAGAAGCUGGGUGCAGGGAUACCAGACUGCUGUUUUUAGCAGCAGUAGCAACAACAAAUGAUGGGCAAACGGUGCUAUGGCAGCAGCCGAUGACUCUGAGUUCCUGGACAGGUAAGACUGACAAUCCUACCCCAGCUGCUCUCUGGUACACUUUUUCCUGGGAUGCAAAACUUGCUAAUUACACCGCCAUAUCGCAGGCUGUAUGUCAGGAGAAAAAAUGUAAAUGUGCCCCUUCUCUAUUGGAAGAGAUUGUAUUCUUAUGCAGCCAACGACGUGUAUUCUUUAACCAUAACAGGCCUAAUUUCUGACUGAUUGGGACAUAUAUAUGUGCCCCAUUCAAUUCAAGUAAAGUUGUGGGUGGCCACUACCUCUCAGAAGCAGGUCUCCUAGACCCAAAUUUUGUAGAUCCUGUAAGAACAAACAGUACUUAAUGUGUGUCCUCAGACUGAAGUUGAAAGUCCGAUAACUAGGGACUUAUAACUAGGGACCUACUUAAAUCAUGGUGGAACUGUGCUGUGCAGCAGCUCCUUUUAAUUUUGCUCUUUUUGCUGCACACGCCACCACUGAUUUGUGGAGGGGUCCCAUCAGCCCCACCACUUGCUGCUGAUUGGGAAGGAGGCAAAAACCAUGAUUUUAAAUAUGCCGUGGUUUAUGUCUCCUGCCCCUGAUUGGCUGAGGGCACCUGGUAGCAUCGCAGCUUGAUGCUGAUUGGCCAGGAGGCAAAUACUGUGGCAUAUUUUAAACUGUGGUUUUUGCCUUCUGGCCAAUCAGCAGUAAGUGGUAGGGCAGCUGGGACCCCAUAACCAAUCAGCAGCCAGAUGUGGGGAGAGGGCAGGCAGCAAAAAGAGCAAAAUUAAAGGAGCCGCUGCGCAGUAUACUGUGAUUUAGGUAGGUCCCUACCUUUAACAGCUGCUGAAUGAGCUCUUUCUAAGCAUUGCAAACUAGCAAUUUCUUUCCUAGAGCUUUCUCAAUAAGUAUUAAAUUCAGUUGUCUUCUGUAAACUGCAAUUUAAAUCUGCCUAAAUUUACUUUGCUUAGUAAAAAUGUAGAUGGAUUUAGUUUUCAGUGCUCAAAUGUUUGGAACCUUCAAAGCCCGUAUUUGUGUGUAUAAGUGAUGGAGGGCUGCCUUGCAUUCUUCUUUGUGAAGUAUUGAGCACAGUAAGGGAAUCUGUUGUCUAAGUCUAGUGUCAGCCUGAGUUGCUCUGUUUGUUGAAAACUUAAUUCCACUGCAAUCCUGUCUGGUUUCACCAAUGCCUCUUCCCUACCCUCCUAAUUUGGAAAUUCUGGGAAAUGACUAGACUAUAAUGGAGGUUAACACUUGGUCAUUACAAUGGAAGCCUUUCAAGUAAGGAUCUUGCAAUAAAUAACAGGGAAAAGAUGUUGCUCUUUUUAAGAUAGCAUAGCAUUCUCAGGGACAAUUAUGGACAGGCUUUACUGUAAAUAGCUGGUGUUUACUGUCUGUUGCAGGCUAAACAGAAACUACUGCUUUGGGAUCAACUUUGACAUGGUUAUUUAAAGCUUGAGUAAAGAGUUAUUACAAAAAUUUAAAAACUGUUCUAAUGACUUCUUUAUACUCCUUCAUCUGUGUGGUGGCCAGUGGGUCUGUGUACUUAUGGAGUAGCUUUUCACUAAGAGCUUAAUCCAAAGACCAUAGAAAUCAGUGAAAAGAACAUAUACUAACUUCAGUGGGCUUUGGGUUGGAAAAUCACUCCUCUGUAGUUCUGUGGAGUGAGUCACCAUGGAGCAACUCCACUGCACAUGCAGCAUUCCUCUGCAUAGCUUCUCUACAGCCUGCACAGUGAAACAGUGGUGAUUCUUCAGUAACUUCUGCCCCUAUGGAUAGCAGAAUAAGAUUUAUACUUGACCAUGACUCUGCGUAUAUAAUGUUUUAAAAAUUUUUAGAAAUACAUCUCAUUAAAGGGAACCUGGCAAGGUAGAGUUUGAACUUGUUUUUGAUCAAAUGCAGCUCGAAAGUGUCAUUGGCAAUUUAAAAAGAAAUGUAGAAGAAAAUUUGUAAAUGGGCUAAACUGAAGAAUUGUUGGCAAAUUAGUGUUCAUGCUUCUGACCUCCUAUGUAACCCUACAUGUAUAUAUCUGGGUUAACAUCGGUGGCACUGAUAAAUAGCUUACAAAGUAUCUGUGAUAUUGUGCCUCAGACUAAAAACAUACCUUACCAAUGCCACAAAGUGAGUUAAUGAACUCAGAGGACUUUUACAGCAUGGUUUCAUUGUAAGCUGUAAAAAACAAACAACCCCCCCAAGCCUAAAUAAGCAGAUUUAAUUUGCCUCUUAAGAUAUUCAGAAAAGAACAGAUAUAUUUCUUUUCAAAGCCUUGCUAGUAGAAAAGACCAUUUUAGAGGGGACAUUAAGCAAUUUCUUGCAUUCCCUACUCAAGUUAAUGAAUCUGCCAUACACCUCCUAUAGAAAUAAAAUGGAAAAGGUAUAUUAGAAACCAAGGUCUCCUUGGGCAGGUGAAUGGGUGGUACAGAUGGAUGUCAGUUUAAAAAGGCAAGCAGCAUAACUCUGAAAUUCGCACUGCAAAUUUGAACUGUAAAUGUAAAGUUUUAUCCACAGCUACAAACUCCUGCAAAGCCAAAAUCCAGUCCCACAGUGUGUGAAGCUCUCAGGGUAAGGAAAAACAUACAGGUGUAACGGCCUUAAGUGGAGAAGGGGGAGGUGUACUGCUCAUCCAGGGUCAAAGUGGGAGCAGUUUAACUUGCUUGUAUCACUACAGAAUCAUGUACAGGUACUAGUUACAGCCUAACUGCUACUCCUAAGCAGCAGGUUCCCCUCCCCUUUUGAAACCUGUACAUGUAUUCAUAUGCCCAUGCCCCUCAGUUCGCGGUAAUUGAAAGCACUCACUAAGAAUUUGGGCUCAGACCAUUUGAGCCAAAAUAAUCGCAUCUCCUUUCACAUUUAAACACAGGUAACUCAAAGAAGCCAAAACAUUUGCAGACUGAAAUUUAAAAGUAAAAGCAGUUCAGACACACAGCUUGAGACUCAUCCCCUUGUGAGAACAUGGAAGUGUAGAACGGGACAGAGGGUGUGGUGGGGAAUGGCCAACAGCAAAUGGAAAAGUAUUGGAACAAUUUUUAUCUGCAUUAGAGCAGCUAGAAUGGUUUGAUUUGUCGUUUUUCAUGGCAUAGUAGGAUAAGUGAACAUUUAGUCAUAGAUUCUAUUUUUACUCUUUUUUAAAAUGUGCUUUUAGAAACUCCAAAUAUUCUUGUUCAGAAGCUUUUUUUUUUUCCUUCUUUUUUUUUUUGUUUUGGAGACUUGGGGAUGGCAGAGUUGCAAAUUCAUUCAAUGUAACCUGUCAGCUCGAUUUCUGUUUACAGAUUACAGUCAUUUUUUUCAAAUACUUUUCUCUAGUUUCAUACAUGCAAACUGCAGGGGAAACUAAGCAUGAGUGCAGUUUGUGCUCACAUUUACUUAUGGGUGCAAUUUAGGUUUAGAUGUCUAAGUAUAUACUUUGUGGAUGCAGUAAAGUGUUUACAGUAGGUAUGAAUAACCUGAAUUGUGCCAAGUUACGGAUAGAUGAAAAACCAGGCCUUUAUCAUGUGCUUAGAAGUCUUGUCAGUGCAGCAUAUGCAGAACAGUGAUUUUAACAGUGCACAUCAUCUCUAUUGCUAUAUUGAAAAAAAACAAAAGAAUUACAAACUUCAACAAGUUUUGCAGGUGUGGCUGUACAGUCAAAACUUACUAAAUAGAUUUUGUUGGGACCAGCUAACUUGGUUCAUUCUGUUGGGGUCAGGCAUAUUAUAACUUUUUUACUAAAGUCAGCAGGAGCUCUAUUAUAUAAAAAUCCACUUCUUUAUGGGCAUCUCAAAAAAGUCAAUAAGUGAGCUUUGACUGUAUUCUUCACAGUUUUCCACAUAGUGCUGCAUUGGGCAAUGAAAAACGUGCCUCCAGUAUAUUUUCUCCAAAUGUUUUUCUUUGGUUACAGAUUAUGGAAGAAGUCAGGAAUCAAAUGUAACAUGCUAAUGAAAGCAGUGACAUAAAAUAUUAUACUGUGGAGAGCUAGAUUUGUUUUGUAUAUACUAGCCACAUCUACACAAGUGGCAAGUUGUGCAGUUGUUACUGCACAGUCAGUUAGUACUUACGCAAGUACUAAAUGACUGUGCAGUAACUGUCAUUACUGUGCAGUGCCUUCACUGCAUGGUUUUUUCCCAACGUUACUGCUCAAUCGCUUGUUACUACUACGUAGUAUCGUCACCACAUGAUUAGUGCCUGGCAACGCUACUGCACAGUAGCAAUGAACUGCUGUUUAGUAGCUCAUUGCUACUGUGCUCUAGUGUCUCGUGUAGACGUGCCCACUGUCAUGUUUUGUUUCAGAUAUGGAGCAAUCAGAAUUUUACCAAAUGAAACCUUUUAUGAAGCACAGGGGUCUUUUUGUUUGCUUCUUUUUUAAGAAGAUAGCUAGCCUUAUAAAGGGAAAUAAGGUGUAAUUUUUCUCUUCCUGUUGGGAAGUGCUAAAGUAAAAGUUAGGAGACACCUAAAGUACUUUGAGGCAGAUUUUUCAACACAGUGUAUGAAAUUUCUAGAAUCCUAGAAAUUAGAUGGAAAGGAACUCAUUAGACAGUCCAGUCCCAUCUCCUGACUAACCUGGAGAAUUCCAACCAAGACAGUAUGUAUGCUGUCCUUUUACAAGGUCCUUUCCUAAAACGCUUCUGCACCCAGAAUGCUCAUCCUCUUGAUUGCUGAUGUUGGAGGGACUUUUUUAGUGGGAGUUUUAAUGGCUUGAUCCUGAAGAGUGCUGAGCACUUACACACCUGCAAGUUGCUGAGAUCCCCUAACUCCUGCUGAAGUUCGUGGCCAUUAAGGCUGUUCAGCACCUUGCAGGAUUAUGUUCUGGGUGUCAAAAGAAUGCAGGACAUGAUCCUCAUUGCUUCUUUCUCAUUGAGCCAGUAUGCAGGGAUUUACACAGUCCUUCAUUUAAGCAGUAGCACACAUGGAUUUUUCAAGUAUUAUUUUCUAGUGUGAAGCUAGUGGUUAAUGCGUCUGUUUUGCUGUCUUGCCAUCAAUACUGUAAAAAUGUAUAAUCAGUACAUCUUUAAUUCCUGUACAACAGAAAUUGGUUUGUAAAGCUAUGUACAAAUUGUGUUUCAUAGACAGAAAAGCUUGUAUUACUGUAUAUGUAAUAUAUGUGAAAUGAAUAUAUCAUAGUCUAUUUUUGCCAUGGAAAUAAAUAUUUGAUGGAA